AUGCAGAACGAACAGUUAAACGAAUUUACUCCAGCAGAGCAUAUUCAUCAGAUUCGCUCAUAUUUCGAUAUCAUAGACAAUGCAGUUCAAAUUGGUGACACUAAUAGAAAAUAUUCUGACGCAAAGAUUCCAUCACAACCUGGAACUGCUAAAGAUAACACAUGGGUAACAUUCAAUCUCUCACCUCCUGGUGAAAAUAUGUUGGACCUUUACAAUACAUUCAUUACGUAUAAAAUGGAAGGUCAAUUUAUUGUAGAUAAAGAAAUUGGUUCAGGUUCCAAUAAAACAAACCCACCAGGAUUUUGGAUUGGUUUCGAUGACGCUUUCUAUGCAGUUGCUGGAUAUCAAAUCCUUGCAAAUGGUCGUAUCGUAUAUUCUCAAGACAACGCAAGAGAAGAAGCAUAUAUAACUUCAAACUCACAAACUACCGAACAAAUAAAGAAAGUAGAUGUUUUCUCAAAGACUCGACAUGAAGAUGUAUGGAGUCAUUCGGGAACAUGCAGAACAGGACAAAUUGUUAGUGGUCCAAUUACAGCAGGAAAUCAUUUGAUUUUAAGCUUCGUUUAA